AGAGGUCCAAAAUGGCGAUGGACGGUACGUCCACGUCUGCAGUAGGGCUGUCAUAUCAUAAUGUUUCUGACUUUUAUCCCCGAAAGCUUGGCCCCAAACCAGACGUCGUUCCGUCUGGAGUGACAGAGAGGAAAAUCGGACCUUUAGAUAAACCUGAUAUGGUAGCUGUCGAUGUCAUUAACAUCAAGGAUUCAGACAUCCCUAUGCAUCGGAAGAAGCAGGAGAAUGACACGUACAUACUGGGCACCAUACACCCGUUUAGAAAGUCACAUAGAUCGCUUUUUGGGAAGCUGUCACAGGAGUUCCGAUUAGUGGCCUCUGACCGAAGAUCGUGGCGGAUCCUGCUCUUCGGAGUGCUGAAUGUGCUCUGCACCGCGUGCCUCCUGAUGUGGUGCAACUCCACCAACAGCAUGGCCUUAACAGCAUACACUUACCUCACCAUCUUUGAUCUCUUCAGUCUCAUCACCUGCCUCAUCAGUUCGUGGGUGACCAUGAAGAAGCCUAGUCAGUCAUACUCCUUUGGGUUUGAGAGGCUGGAGGUGCUGGCUGUCUUCGCCUCCACUGUGCUGGUGCAGCUGGGGGCUCUAUUCAUCCUAAAGGAGAGUGUUGAGCGGUUUGUGGAGCAGCCAGAGGUGCAUACGGGGCGUCUCCUGGUUGGCACCUUUGUGGCUCUGUUCUUCAACCUGCUCACCCUGCUGUCUGUGAAGAACAAGCCCUUUGUCUACGUCUCAGAAGCUGCCAGCACCAGUUGGCUGCAGGAGCAUGUUGCUGACCUGAGUCGAAGCGUGUGUGGGAUCAUCCCCGGCCUGAGCAGUGUCCUACUGCCCCGCAUGAACCCCUUCGUGCUGAUCAACAUGGCGGGAGCGCUGGCUCUCGGCAUUACCUACAUGCUCAUCGAGAUCAAUAAUUACAAUGCAGUGGACACGGCAUCAGCUGUGGCUAUUGCACUUAUGACCUUCGGUACCAUGUACCCCAUGAGUGUCUACAGUGGCAAAGUGUUGCUUCAGACCACUCCAUCCCAUAUCAUAGGCCAGCUGGACAAACUUCUCAGAGAGGUGUCCACGCUGGAUGGGGUGUUGGAAGUGAGGAAUGAGCAUUUCUGGAGCAUCGGCUUCGGCUCUCUGGCGGGUUCCGUCCACGUCCGUAUCCGCCGCGACGCCAACGAGCAGAUGGUCCUGGCCCACGUCACCAACCGGCUGCACACGCUGGUCUCCACGCUCACCAUCCAGAUCUUCAAGGACGACUGGAUCCGCCCGUCCCUGGUGGCCGGCCCCAUGCCCACCGCCACCACCCUCAGCCCCUCGGACUACGCCGGCAUGCCCGGCUUCCCGCCCCACUCCCAUGGGCACGGGCACGGCCACUCGCACGGGCACGGGCACGGCCACUCGCACGGCAAGCCGCUUGACACCACGGACCCGUUGACGUCCACCCCUGCCAAGCAGAGCAGCCCGCCCCCGGAGUUCUCCUUCAACACGCCGGGGAAGAACAUCCAGCCGGUGAUGCUGCCCAACAUGCAGCCUCAGCGGCCCUAUGGCAUGGGGAUGGGGAUGGGGCUGGCGUACGGGGCCUCCUCCGCCUCCUCCUCCUCGCCCUACUCCAGCAUGCUCCACCAGGGCUUCUCCGCGCCCCUACCCCCCCACGGCGGCAGUGGCAGCCUGGGGCUGGGCAUGGGCAUGGCGCUGGGCACAGGUGCCCGGGGCCCCUCGCUGCAGGGCUUCAGGACUGCGUACGGAGGUGGCUCCAUGAUGGCACCUAAUAGGUACAGCGGUGGGCUGCCACCCUCACAGACUGGCCAGUACAGACCCUAACCUGGGGCCCCCGGCACAGGGAAAAGGAGAGGGACUAGGGGGGUCCUGGUGCACCGCGGCGAGGGACACUGAUGAUGGUGGAUCCGCUGUGCUGUUUGCACCUGUAGAGGAUAUAUAUAUAUUAUGGUAUUUAUUAUCAAGGGACCAAGAUUUCCACUCGCAAUGGAUUUUUCUAACUGUAUUGAAGCCUUUUUUUUGUACUGUUACAAAGAGAUCACCGAAUGAUUGGAAAUAUAUAUUGGAAUGUGUCUCGCUUUUCUUUGGAAUAAGGGGAUUGUUCUGAGUGAGAGUGUUUUUUGUUUCUCUUCUUUGUCUCAUAUAACUUGUACCUUAAAGAUUUAAUCUACUUUUGUGUUUAUAGGAUCUCAAUGUUUUAUCACAAUAGCUGCCCGCAUUGUGGCAGUGGGUUAUGCACUAGACGAUGUGAGCGAGCUAAACAGGGUGUGCGUUCCAAUAUGCGUCCUCCACUUGUGCUUGUGGCCUUGUACCAGGAAGUAAUACGUUGUGAUGACAUCUCUGACAACAGCAUUAUAUUUCAAUAUCUCGCAAAAGCUCAAUUGUAAAAUCAUUUUCUCAUUUGCAAACUGGAUGGUGAAUGAAGAAUAUUCCCCCAAAAAUUGUUGUGGUUAGGCUGACAGCGGGGAAACUUAAUUGUGUUCUCCACUGAGGCGGGGCAUCAGCAAAACGUGAGGCCACAAGCACAAGUGGAGGACGCAAGGUGGCAUAUUGGAAUGCACCCAGUGUGGUCUGAGUGCUGCUGUUGUUAAGCGGCCAAUAUGCCCAUUUCAAGAUGAGAAGAGACAGACCAACCCCAGUCUCUAAUGGCCAGGAACUGUACCAAAGCACGUCUUAAGAGGAUUACACAUCAUCGUCAUAUUUGCUAGAUACACUACUCAACCAUGAAAACGUCACAAUUGAAAAUGAAACAAAUACUCAUUCCAAGCACACAGUGUGACUUUUCGUUUUUUUUUUCUAGCAGUAUUCAGUGUACUGUACACCCAUCCGUCACACAGUGAGUGCGCUGAUGCUGCGUAUAGGGUCACAUAGUUUUAAAAUCAGAUGGUAAUUACUGCUUUUAUGUGUUGAAUGGGUGAAUGCCCUCCCUGCUAGAAGUUGUGUUGUGGUUAUUUCUCAGAGAGAUUAAAGAUGGACCACUGAUAUAUAUUUUUUCUCUCCCACGAACUGCCUUGUAUGAGCGAACGGGGUGUUAAACUUUAGCGCCUCUCGCUGGGUGAAUUAAUGUUCACUUGAGGGGUCCACUUGUGUAACAGAAAAGAAGUCAUGAUUCUGAUGGUGGUGUUGUCGGAGUCAUUCCAAUAAAACAAAUGAAAUGCAUACUACUCAUCAUGUAGUAGAAUGAUUCAAAAUG